UUGAGAUGAAGGGGUGGGUCUAUGGUACAUCACCUGAGUUGUGGGGUAAAUGUAGAGAGUGUCAAUCAAAGGCAGAGCUCUCAGAGCUGGGAAGGAGGCUCUAGAUGGCGGCUGUGCCUUAGAGAGAGCGCGCUCUGCUCUCUGCCUUUGCCUCACUUUACGCAACUUUCCCUAACUUUCAGGCAGCCUCAGGGGGCCCCCGCAGCCCCCUGCCUCUCCUAGUGGCUGGCUGGGGUCGAUUGGAACCCUUUUUAGGGAGAAAAGCAGCUUUUAGGAGCUUUCUUUUCGUGCCUUGUUGGAAAGAAGCAGCCGUACUGAGAGCCCAGGUCGUUGUUUUUCCAGCUUAGAAGCCAUGGCGCACCUCCAUUUUUGUGCGCUCUGCUAAUGAGGUUUUUUUUUCUUCCGGACCCGUUUUAGUAUUAAUUGUUGCUUUAUUUUUUUUGACCAGUUAACCUAUUUGAGGCUUAUUUUAUUUAUUUUUCGUUUUUUAACGGAGAGUCUUGUUUUUAUUUUUAAUUAUUUGGGAUCUGAUAUUUUCCUACUACUAGAUAGGACUCUUGCUUUGGACCUACUACAUGGAUCAGUAAAUACCUGGGCACAGGACUUCAAAGCAAACACAGAUCCCCCUUCCCCCUUAAUAUUUAAGAAUUAAAAGAUGAUGAGAAAUAAGGACAAAAGCCAAGAGGAGGACAGUUCGCUACACAGCAAUGCUUCGAGUCAUUCAGCAUCUGAAGAAGCUUCAGGUUCAGACUCUGGCAGCCAGUCGGAAAGUGAGCAGGGCAGCGAUCCAGGAAGUGGACAUGGCAGCGAGUCGAAUAGCAGUUCUGAAUCUUCAGAGAGUCAGACUGAAUCUGAAAGUGAAUCCGCAGGUUCCAAAUCCCAGCCAGUUCUUCCAGAAGCCAAAGAGAAGCCAGCCUCUAAGAAGGAACGGAUAGCUGAUGUGAAGAAGAUGUGGGAAGAAUAUCCUGAUGUUUAUGGGGUUAGGCGGUCAAACCGAAGCAGACAAGAACCAUCACGAUUUAAUAUUAAGGAGGAGGCAAGUAGCGGGUCUGAGAGUGGGAGCCCAAAAAGAAGAGGCCAGAGGCAGCUGAAAAAACAAGAAAAAUGGAAACGGGAACCCUCAGAGGAUGAACAAGAACAAGGUAGCAGCGCAGAGAGUGAGCCAGAGCAAAAAAGAGUGAAAGCCAGAAGACCUGUUCCUAGAAGAACAGUGCCCAAAUCUCGUGUUAAAAAGCAACCUAAGACUCAGCGUGGAAAGAGGAAAAAGCAAGAUUCUUCUGAUGAUGAUGAUGAAGAUGAUGAGGCUCCCAAAAGGCAGACUCGUCGUAGGGCAGCUAAAAACGUCAGUUACAAAGAGGAUGAUGACUUUGAGACUGACUCAGAUGACCUCAUAGAAAUGACUGGUGAGGGGGUUGAUGAACAGCAAGAUAACAGUGAGACUAUUGAAAAGGUCUUAGACUCAAGGCUGGGAAAGAAAGGAGCCACUGGAGCUUCUACUACUGUGUAUGCAAUUGAAGCUAAUGGUGACCCUAGUGGUGACUUUGACACUGAAAAGGAUGAAGGUGAAGUCCAGUACCUCAUCAAGUGGAAGGGCUGGUCUUACAUCCAUAGCACAUGGGAAAGUGAAGAAUCCUUACAGCAGCAGAAAGUGAAGGGCCUGAAAAAACUUGAGAAUUUUAAGAAGAAAGAGGAUGAAAUCAAGCAAUGGUUAGGGAAAGUUUCUCCUGAAGAUGUAGAGUAUUUUAGCUGUCAACAAGAGCUGGCCUCAGAGUUGAACAAACAGUAUCAGAUAGUAGAGAGAGUGAUAGCUGUGAAGACAAGUAAAUCUGCACUGGGUCAGACAGAUUUUCCGGCUCACAGUCGGAAGCCGGCACCUUCAAAUGAACCCGAGUAUCUAUGCAAAUGGAUGGGGCUGCCAUAUUCAGAGUGCAGCUGGGAAGAUGAAGCCCUGAUUGGGAAGAAAUUCCAGAGCUGCAUUGACAGUUUCCAUAGUCGGAACAACUCUAAAACCAUUCCCACAAGAGAAUGCAAGGCCCUGAAGCAGAGACCACGAUUCGUGGCUUUAAAGAAACAACCAACUUAUUUAGGAGGGGAGAAUCUGGAACUCCGUGAUUAUCAGUUAGAAGGUCUCAACUGGCUUGCGCAUUCCUGGUGCAAAAGUAACAGUGUAAUCCUUGCUGAUGAAAUGGGCCUAGGAAAGACCAUCCAAACCAUAUCAUUCCUCUCCUACCUGUUCCACCAACACCAGCUGUAUGGCCCCUUUCUUAUAGUCGUCCCUUUAUCCACCCUCACCUCAUGGCAGAGGGAGUUUGAAAUCUGGGCACCAGAGAUUAACGUAGUGGUUUACAUAGGUGACCUGAUGAGCAGAAAUACGAUCCGGGAAUAUGAAUGGAUUCAUUCUCAGACCAAAAGGCUGAAGUUCAAUGCACUUAUAACAACAUAUGAGAUCCUUCUAAAAGAUAAGACUGUGCUGGGCAGUAUUAACUGGGCCUUUCUGGGAGUGGACGAAGCCCAUCGGUUGAAGAAUGAUGACUCUUUAUUGUAUAAAACUCUGAUUGAUUUCAAGUCCAACCAUAGGCUCCUGAUUACAGGGACCCCUCUUCAGAAUUCCCUCAAAGAGCUCUGGUCCUUGCUGCACUUUAUUAUGCCGGAGAAGUUUGAGUUCUGGGAAGACUUCGAAGAAGAUCAUGGGAAAGGGAGAGAGAAUGGCUACCAGAGUCUUCAUAAAGUGCUAGAGCCUUUCCUUCUACGGAGAGUCAAAAAGGAUGUGGAGAAAUCCCUUCCUGCUAAGGUGGAACAGAUCCUCAGGGUGGAGAUGUCUGCUCUUCAGAAACAGUAUUAUAAAUGGAUUCUGACUAGGAAUUAUAAGGCUCUUGCGAAAGGAACGAGAGGCAGCACAUCUGGUUUCUUGAAUAUUGUGAUGGAACUGAAGAAAUGCUGCAACCACUGCUACCUGAUCAAACCCCCUGAGGAAAAUGAGAGGGAGAAUGGACAAGAGAGUCUUCUGUCCCUGAUCAAGAGCAGUGGGAAGCUGAUUCUGUUAGAUAAACUGUUGACAAGACUUCGAGAAAGAGGGAACAGAGUCCUUAUUUUCUCCCAGAUGGUGAGAAUGUUGGAUAUCCUUGCUGAGUACCUGACUAUUAAGCACUAUCCUUUCCAGCGUCUGGAUGGUUCCAUCAAGGGAGAAAUACGGAAGCAGGCGCUGGACCACUUCAACGCAGAUGGGUCUGAGGACUUCUGCUUCCUGCUCUCCACAAGGGCUGGUGGCCUGGGAAUCAAUUUGGCUUCAGCAGACACUGUUGUCAUCUUUGACUCCGACUGGAACCCCCAGAACGACUUGCAGGCACAAGCCCGAGCCCAUAGAAUUGGCCAGAAGAAGCAGGUAAAUAUUUAUCGCUUGGUCACAAAGGGGACUGUGGAGGAGGAAAUCAUAGAACGGGCCAAAAAGAAGAUGGUAUUGGACCAUCUGGUAAUUCAGCGCAUGGAUACCACUGGCCGAACUGUCCUGGAAAACAACUCUGGAAGGUCCAACUCAAAUCCUUUUAAUAAAGAAGAGCUGACAGCUAUUUUGAAAUUUGGAGCAGAGGAUCUCUUCAAAGAACUUGAAGGCGAAGAGUCAGAGCCUCAGGAAAUGGAUAUAGAUGAAAUUUUGCGCUUGGCUGAAACCAGAGAGAAUGAAGUGUCAACUAGUGCAACAGAUGAGCUUCUGUCACAAUUCAAGGUUGCUAACUUUGCUACAAUGGAAGAUGAAGAAGAGCUGGAAGAGCGUCCUCACAAGGACUGGGAUGAGAUCAUUCCAGAGGAACAAAGGAAAAAAGUGGAGGAGGAGGAGCGUCAGAAGGAGCUGGAGGAAAUUUAUAUGCUGCCUCGAAUUCGGAGUUCCACUAAAAAGGCUCAGACAAAUGACAGUGACUCUGACACUGAGUCUAAGAGGCAGGCUCAGAGGUCCUCUGCUUCUGAGAGUGAGACCGAUGAUUCUGAUGAUGACAAGAAGCCAAAGCGCAGAGGACGCCCCCGAAGCGUGCGGAAGGACCUUGUGGAGGGAUUUACUGAUGCCGAGAUCCGCAGGUUCAUCAAGGCGUAUAAGAAGUUUGGUCUUCCUCUUGAACGGCUGGAGUGCAUAGCACGCGAUGCUGAGCUGGUCGAUAAGUCUGUGGCAGAUCUGAAACGCCUGGGUGAACUGAUUCACAACAGUUGUGUGUCAGCAAUGCAGGAAUAUGAAGAACAGCUGAAGGAAAAUGCCAGUGAGGGGAAAGGACCAGGGAAAAAGAGAGGCCCAACAAUCAAGAUAUCUGGGGUUCAGGUUAAUGUGAAAUCCAUUAUCCAACAUGAAGAAGAGUUUGAGAUGCUGCAUAAAUCUAUCCCUGUGGAUCCUGAAGAAAAAAAAAAAUAUUGCUUAACCUGUCGGGUCAAAGCUGCCCAUUUUGAUGUAGAGUGGGGAGUAGAAGAUGAUUCGCGUCUGUUGCUGGGCAUUUAUGAACAUGGCUAUGGAAACUGGGAGUUAAUUAAAACGGAUCCAGAGCUUAAGUUAACUGACAAAAUCCUGCCGGUGGAGACAGAUAAAAAACCUCAGGGGAAGCAACUGCAGACCCGUGCCGACUACCUACUGAAGCUGCUCAGGAAGAGCCUGGAGAAGAAAGGGGCCAUGCCUGCUGGGGAAGAGGCCAAAUUAAAGAAGCGGAAACCUCGAGUGAAAAAGGAGAACAAAGCACCUCGGCUGAAAGAUGAACAUGGAGUUGAGUUUUCAUCUCCUAGACACUCAGACAAUCCUUCUGAAGAGGGGGAAGUGAAGGAUGAUGGCUUAGAAAAAAGUCCAAUGAAAAAGAAACAGAAGAAGAAAGAGAAUAAGGAGAACAAGGAGAAACAAAUGAGUUCUAGGAAAGAUAAAGAAGGGGAGAAGGAAAGGAAGAAGUCAAAAGAUAAGAAAGAAAAGCCUAAAGGUGGUGAUGCCAAAUCUUCAAGUAAAUCCAAGCGAUCUCAGGGUCCUGUCCAUAUUACAGCAGGCAGUGAACCUGUCCCCAUCGGAGAGGACGAGGAUGAUGAUCUGGACCAGGAGACAUUCAGCAUAUGCAAGGAGAGGAUGAGACCUGUGAAGAAGGCACUAAAACAGCUGGACAAACCUGACAAGGGACUCAAUGUGCAGGAACAGCUGGAGCACACUCGGAACUGCCUGCUGAAGAUUGGAGACCGGAUCGCUGAGUGCCUUAAAGUCUACUCGGACCAGGAGCACAUCAAGCUGUGGAGGAGGAACCUAUGGAUUUUUGUUUCCAAGUUUACAGAAUUCGAUGCUCGAAAGUUGCAUAAGUUAUACAAGAUGGCUCAUAAGAAAAGAUCUCAGGAAGAGGAGGAGCAAAAGAAGAAAGAUGAUGUGAUUGGUGGUAAGAAGCCAUUUAGACCAGAGGCCUCAGGCUCAAGCCGGGACUCCCUGAUGUCUCAGUCCCAUACUCCCCACAAUCUGCACCCACAGAAGCCUCAUUUGCCUGCCUCCCAUGGCCCACAGAUGCAUGGACACCCCAGAGAUAACUACAAUCAUCCCAAUAAGAGACACUUCAGCAACGCAGAUCGAGGAGACUGGCAGAGGGAAAGAAAGUUCAACUAUGGCGGAGGCAGCAACAACCCUCCGUGGGCUAGUGACAGGCACCACCAGUAUGAGCAGCACUGGUACAAGGAGCACCACUAUGGGGACCGGCGGCACAUGGACACCCACCGCUCUGGGAGCUACCGGCCCAACAACCUGUCCAGAAAGAGACCUUAUGACCAGUACAGCAGUGACCGAGACCACCGGGGCCACCGAGAUUAUUACGACAGGCACCACCACGACUCCAAGCGGAGGCGAUCCGAUGACUUCCGGCCUCAGAAUUACCACCAGCAGGAUUUCCGACGAAUGUCUGACCACCGUCCCCCAAUGGGCUACCAUGGCCAGGGACCCUCAGACCAUUACCGCUCUUUCCACACAGACAAAAUGGGGGAGUAUAAACAGCCUCUGCCCCCCUUACACCCUGCUGUCUCAGAUCCUCGUUCACCUCCAUCUCAGAAAUCGCCUCACGAUUCCAAGUCACCCCUGGAUCAUCGGUCUCCUUUGGAGAGAUCCCUAGAACAGAAAAACAACCCAGAUUAUAACUGGAAUGUUCGAAAAACAUAAAAGACAGCUCAUAAAGAAGGGGAGAGCAAGAGUCACUAAGCACCUGGAUAUUUUUGGUCUGAUCCAACAGUAGCCAGUCAUCUGGACCAGUGAGUGGAGUUUCUGGACAUGCAACGGCGGCUCGCUGGCUGAGGGGCACUUUGCAGAGCAGGGCCUAUGGUCUGGGCCAUCUGGGCAGGGUCACCACUCCUACACUGGCAACCCUGUCCUGUGCGGCUUGGUUCUGGCCUCCGUCUCGAAUGGGUGCUAGAAGGAAGAGGUGGCUUUUGUGUACCCACUUCCCGGGUUGCGUCCCCACUGAAGGAGGAAGGAUCUUAGUGUUGUGAACGUUCUCUGGCUGGAUUGGUAGACCUGGGACACGGCGUGGGGUGGGCAGGCAUGGGCCUGCGUGCAUGCACGUGCUCAGGCUGCAGGGCAGCUGGACAGCGCCUCACUGCCACGACAGACGGGCUGAGGGGGAGCGGGGCAUGGGCUGAGUGGUGGGGUCUCGCUGUAGGACUUAAAGGGGGACAGCAGCCCCUCAGAUAUGUUCUUGGGAAAAGUGACACUCGGGCCACAUUAUGAGGCCCCUAUAGUGCCAGAGGGGUGGGGCUGGGGUGAGGAGAGGGAAACCACCCCCACAACAGCCUCUUCUUGCCAGCACCCGUCCUCCCCACCUAUCUGUACAUUUCAAAGGGUCAGUCUCCUGAGGGGCCUUUUGCGCUUGGGGAGUGGGGCCAGCGCACCUAAUGUGAGUGCUGUAAGCUAGGCAGAGGGCUCCAUGGUUGGGAAGGGUGAGUGGGGUGGGCGGGCAGGUGGGAGUGUGGCCGGGGAGCUGGAGUCCCUGCUGUGGGCCUUGUGCUGUGAAGUGAAACCAGGAGGCCUGCAGAGGAAGAGGGGCAGGCACACCCGGGGGAGGGGGGUGGUUUUCCAGAGAGGGGUGCCAGGGGCAUGUGGUCAGUGUCGCUUCCCACUGCAUUCUAGUUCCUGUUGCACAGCUUGAAGUAUUCACAGAGAACUCCCUCUGCUCACUCACAGGUGGGUGGGUGAGCUAAGUCGCCAUGGCCAACAGGUGUCCACUGCUAGUUGAAAAGCGUUAGACUCAGUUUCUCUUAGGGAAAGCAUAAAUCUAAGUUAAAUUUUUUUUCCAAAACAGGCCAUCCAGGACAGGUGACCAAGCUGCGAAGAGUUGGGGUCACACUGGAUAGGGCUGGGGGGGGCUGAAGUCACUUGUGCCCAUCCAAGAUUCUUCCCACUGGUCUGAUUUUGGGGACCUUCCAUUUCAUUCCUUUCAAAUAUCUCUUGUCAGUAUUUUUAGCAAAUCCAAAGACCUUUCUAGACGCAGCCCAACUCACUGACUUGAGCUUACAGCGUGCCUGCAGUGUGCUGAUGUGUCCAGGCCCAGAGGGUGCACACGCUGAGGGGGCAGCCGGUUCAGCUCCAGACCUGGUGGAGGGUGGGGAGUGGGUGAGCUCUCCGUCAUGCACAGGCUGGACCCUGGGUGGCACUAUGGGCGCCUUUACUGACUGUGUCCUCAGUGGCCUGCCCACCCCAGGGGAGCACACUUGGUCCCUGUGCGUGGUGUUUGGAGGCUGCGCCCACCCCGACCCUGUUGUUUUCCUCAUGGCACUUGGGGCUGUUCCUCGGGUAGCAGAGCCCAUGGGGCCCCCCAGCCAGUGGUCAGGCUGGAGGAGGUGGAAAGUCCUGGCUGGGUUUUACACCUCAAGGGUAGCUUCAUGCUAAAAAUACAGACCCUGAAAAUACAGUCUUGCCCCAGCCAAGAAGAGGUAGGAUUGAGGGAGCCAGGGCGUGUCCGCGGCGAGGGUAGGCAGCAGCGGGAUUCAUCGCUGCCCUCCUGGUGCAGAUUCAGGGUUUUUUCUCUGAAGUUGUUGAUAGGAGAUGUGAGUGAUUCCCAGAGAGAUCUCAUCAUGAGGAAAAAGCAACUUCCUUUUGUUCACAUUCAGGACUUUGAGUGCCAUACGAUGUAGCAAAAGGCAUUAUCAGCCAGAUCAGUGUUAAAUUGAUUAUAACUACAGUAUCCCCAUAAAAGCAUCCCUUUGUGAUGCUGAAGUGUUUGAGACGGGCGGGGAAAGGAGGCACGUCCACACUGAUCCGGAAUCAGUCUGAAAGCUGUGCUUAAGCAGCACCAGGAGUUGGCCCCGGUAGACACGCGCGCGGGGGGAGGGGCGGCAGCCCGCGCACCUGGGGGUGAGUCCCAGAACUGGCUUUGGAAAGCGGGGUGACGUAUUGGGUGGAAACCGCAGGGGCGGAGGACGAAGGACAGUAGCAUCACCUAAAACCCAAGCGACAAGGGUUACCCUGGUCGCCGUGGCCCCGGCACAGGGCCGGGAAGCCCCAGGCUCCGGAGGAACCCGCCCUUGGCCCACUCUCCUUCCAGCCAUUCAUUCCUCGAGCCCUUCGGCGGACCAGGUCAGCGCGCCCACCCCCAGCCUGACGUGACGGUUGCAUCAGGACGCGGUGCAGGUUACAAGUUCACACAACACACUGAAACCCUACAGACCAAUAUCCACUGUCAGCGGGAGCGGUGGCCCGGGCCCGGCCCUAGCAGUCUUCUCGGUGCUGAGGGCGAGCGAGUCGGGCUGGAGAGCUAGGCCAAGGGUCCAGGCUGCUUUAGUCCAUCUGCACCCACUCGUCUGGGACAGGUGGUUUUUCCUUAUUGUAAAAUUGUGGACUUUUAAAAACCUGUUGAGUCAACAGUAAUUAAUUUAUAUUUGUGAAAAAUGCCACUGUCCUAGUGAUUUCUGAUGUAAAUAAUGUUGUUUAUAUAGUAUGUAUUAAA